GUAUACAUGUAUCGUUCUAAGUUAUGACAGUGACUGGGGUUUGUAGUCACUGCUUAGGAAUAAAUCUGUCUUAUGAAACGUUUCAAUAGGAAAUUAUUUAUAUUAUAUUAAAAAUUAAUAGAUUUUUUAUAUAUCAUUAUAUUGUUUCUAAAUGAGACAAUUUAUGGACGAAUGACCGAGGCUUUAUCAUAUCUCCGAAUAAUUACUUAUUUCGGAAAUUAUAUUUAUUGUUUUUUGUAAAUUAUUAAAAAAUGUUGAGUUACAUAUACCGAUUCUUUAGACCAAAAAAUGUGGAAGAUGCUGCUAAAAAAAAAAUGUAUCUUUCAAUGGUAUAUGGAUUUUUGAGUUGGAAUUGUUUUAUGUAUAUGUUCUAUACAAUAGUUAUAAGUCAGCUACCAACAGAUCCAGAAGAACAAAGAAAUGCAUUAAUGCGUAAGCUGGCUCAUGGUCAAAAUAUAAAACAUAUACGCAUAGAGGGAUUAACACUAGUAGAAGAUGAUCUUAUAGAUCAAGAAACACCUAAAGUUGAGAAAGAAGAUUAAGAGCUGCUGCAAAUAUAAUUCAUGGUGAUAAUUGAAUAUUUAAUGUGUAUAUAAUUUAUUGAAUACUAAUAAAAUAGAUUUUUUAAAAUUCCAAAAA